AUGGGCUUGUAUGGGGCAUGGCGCAGCCCUCCGGCAGCCAGGCCCUUGGACUCUCCCGAUGAGCUGCUGGGCUGGACACCAGGCCACUCGAACGAUCCCUGCAGGGCCUCGGUGACGCUGAGACCGCAGGCGGGAGGCGGUGAGGGGCGGGGCAGGCCGCGGCUGCUGGCGUGCCACGACAUGGCGGGAGGGUACGGCGAUGACCGCUUUUGUCAGGGCGGCUCCCACGCCGACUUCUACUGCCUGCGCCGCUGGCACUCCCUGGACGCCUUCUGCUACUUCAGCCACCGCCUGGUCACCAUCCCGCCGCCCGGCUGGAUCAACGCAGCGCACGCCCACGGUGUGCCGGUGCUGGGGACCGUCAUCACAGAGUGGGAGGCGGGCGCGGCUGCGUGCACGCGCCUGUUUGGCAGCCCAGCGGCGGCAGAAGCGGCUGCCGCGCGGCUGGCGGCCAUCGCGCGGCACUAUGGGUUUGAAGGCUGGCUGGUCAACAUUGAGAAUGCGGUGGAGCGCCAGCACAUCCCGCACCUGCUGCACUUCCUGCGGUAUGAUGCGGUCACGACAGAGGGGAAGCUGAAGUGGCAGAACACGCUCAGCCGUCUCAACAGGCCCUUCUUUGACGCCUGCGACGCCAUCUGGGUCAACUAUACCUGGAAGAAAGGAACGCCGGCGCUGGUGCGGCUCGAGGCGGGGGAGCGGUGCGCGGAUGUGUUCAUGGGUGUGGACUGCUUUGGGCGCGGCACCUAUGGCGGCGGCGGCUUUGCCUGCGAUGUGGCCCUCAGGGCCUGCCUGGAGCAGGGACUGUCAGCCGCGCUGUUUGCCACUGGCUGGCCGUACGAGGGCGACUGCGGGGCAGACGCGCCUGCUUGCUGGCGGCAGCGCGACGCCCGCUUCUGGGCCUGCAUCGAGAGCGCCUGGGAGGGCGGCAGCCGCGCCAGCAGCUCCAGCCCUGGCAGCAGCGCUGCCAGAGGCGCCAUCCAGGAGCUGCCGCUCUUCACUGACUUCAGUGUAGGCAGCGGGCACAGCAUGUACCAGGCGGGGCGCCAGCUGUCGCCGCAGCCCUGGUACAACCUGAGCCUGCAGUCGCUGCAGCCGAUGCUGCGGGUGCAGCUGGAGGAUGGUGAGGAGGAUGCGGGAGCGGCAGCGGCGGGCAGCGCAGGCGGCAGCAGACGCCAAAGCGGCAGCGCGGGCAGCAGCGGCAGCAGGGUGCAGGCAGAUGUGUCGCGGGAGCUGGCAUACAGCCGGGGCAGCAGCCUGAGGUUGAGCGGCUGCUUGCGACCGGGUCAGCAGGCAACGGUGCAGCUGUUCCGCACCGCAGUGCCGCUGCCUGCAGCCGGCAUGCGGGUGCGCCUCUGUGCCACCCCGGCGCAGGGCGUGAAACAGAGGCUGGCGCUGCGCCUUGCUCCUGGCAGCAGCAGCAGCCUGGAUGUCAGUGGCGGCAGCAUCGAGCUGCUGCCUGCGGUGCGCCAUUCAGGCACAGGCACAGACGACGGGGCAGGGGUCUCAGCAGCCAGCAGCUCCAGCCCCAGCUCCGCUCUGGUGCUGGCAGCCAGCAGCGAGCAUGUGGUGCAGCAGCAGGGCUCCACAGCAGCAGCAGCAGGUCCAGAUGCAGCAGCAGCAGCAGCAGGGCCAGAUGCAGCAGCCCCCUGGCCACAGUGGGUCACACGGUCGUACUUGAUUGGGGCUGACAUGCUGGCAGCCGGGCUGGCUGGCAGUGGCGACCCACUGCUGCUGACAGGCGUCGACGUGGUGCUGCUGGGUGCGGGGCGUGCUGGAGAUGGCAGCCCUGCUCCCUUUGAAGUGCACUUGGGCGAGCUUUGCAUCGAGGAGGCGUUCCCCAAUGGCGGCCCACCAGCGCCUCCCAGCAGCGUGCAGCAGCUCGCUUGCAGCGACGUUCGACUGGUGGCGGCGGCACCUGGGCCGGAUGGCGCCCCCACUUCGGCACUCUCUGUGCGGCUGACGUGGCACGCACCGGAGGAUGGCCUUGCCACGCGGUGCUGCCAUGUGUGGUGCGCGUUUGGCGGCUGUGGCGACGAGGGCGCAGCGCCUCGCUGGCUGGGCGCCGCAUGCUGCUGCGCCUACUGGCUGGCUGGCGUUCCAGUCCCCUGCGGCGCCACAGCGGUGACCUUCAUGGUGCAGCCAGAGGGCUGCAACGGCUAUGCUGAAGAGCAUAGCAUGGCAGAACAACAGACGUCUGUCGGCAAGAAGGUACGGGGCGUCGGCAGCCUACGCAGCGGGUUUGGGGAGCAGCCAACCUCCAACCGCCCCUCGGCGCCCGCCGCCGGUUUUGGCAGCAGCUCCCGCGACGCCUACCAGAAGCAGUUUGCCAGCACAGAGGUGGACAAGGCGCAGGCGCGGUCGCGCGGUAACAUCGACAACCCGCUCGGCGCCUGCUACGCCAUCCCGGACACCAUUGAGAAGCAGGUGCUCAGCACGCAGCCAUCGCCUCCCCGCAUGCGCUUUGGCACCGGCAAGCGCCCCAGCAUGGCGGUGAAGACGGAUGCGCCGGGGCCGGGCGCCUACAAGAUGAGGCCCGCCAUCGGCGACACAGUGGAGUCCACGCGGGCCAGCGCCCCCCGCAUGAAGUUUGGGUCUGGCAGCCGCGACCAGGCCAACCGCCUGUUCAUCAGCUCGGAGCACGAGAAGUGCCAGGUGGGCGUGGACAGCCCCGGCCCGUCGUACAACCUCCCCGCCGGGAUGGGCCGGCAGCAGCUGUCCACCAAGAAGAGCCCGGGCACGUUUGUGAUGCCCAAGGGGCAGCGCUUUGUGGACAACGAUGUGCGGGAGGCGGCGCAGAAGCCUGGAGCGGGAGCCUACAACGUGCCCAGCAGCAUCGGCGGGCAGGCCGACAAGGCUGCCGUGGCGGCAUCCACGCUGCGCAACAGCCCCACCAUCCGCUUUGGCACAAGCACACGCGACCAGGACGCCAAGGUCUUCAUCAGCCAGGAGCACGAGAAGGGCAGCUACGGAAGCUGCAGCCCGGGCCCCGUCACCGCCAACCCCGCCAGCAGCAUGGGCCGCCAAAUCCUGUCCACCAGGUCCUCGGGGGCGUGCCUGGGCUUUGGCACCGGCAAGCGCCUGGUGGAGCACGCCACGGAUGUGCCGGGGCCGGGCGCAUACUAUGCGUGA